AUGGCCGCCCUACUGUUGGCCUUCGGAGCGUUGGCUGUUGCUCAAGUCGUUGAACAGCCUCUCAUCACUGUAGCUCCUUCAGCAACCUCUCCAGUCCUGCUAUAUCCUCUUGACCCUUCAGCCACUGGAGCACCUUGCAAUAAGGUCAUUUGCUACGACUACAUCAACACAUGCAGCAUUCGGUUCGGUGGCUGUUGGCCAGCAUGUGAGAACCACCCUCGACCUACUUACACCGGAAGCAUCUGCUCUGGUGGUGUCUUCAAAUCCAGCUUUUCCAAGGCCUUGGCCGUGACUCAAGCGAACCCGUGCGGCUACAAAUGCGAUUACUCCACUGACUCUUGCGGCAACACCUUUGGCCCUGGUUGCUACACAAGCUGCCCUGGAGUCACAGUACCGAGCUACACCAUACCUGUCUGCGAAGCCACAGAGACACCCGCGCAGACAGUCUAUGUAACGCCAGUACCUGUCAACACUGUGCCACUGUUUGUCCCUAUCGACGCUUUGAUGAAAAGACAAGCCAGCGAGACCACUUCAUCUGCCACCGACUCUGCAGAACUCGCUGCAACAGACCCUGCAGACAGCGUCUCUUACACCCCGGUGCCAAUCACGCCUGGACAAGCAACGAUCGGUGCCGAUCUGUCGACUUUGAGUCCGUCCACCAUCGAAACGCCAGGCGUAAGCACUCCGGAGAGUGCCUCGCUAACCCCCUCUGACUCGGCAUCAGCUGCAAGCACGACUGACAGUGCGACUGAUGCUCCUAGCACGACUGGCGCUUCUAUUACGACCGAGUCUUCUAGCAGCACCGGUGCUGAUGCCCUUGGUCCCACUGAUAGCGUGACAGUCAGCCUCUCAUCAGCGGAGGCUCUGGUCACUUCUGAUGCUGCUACUUUCGCAAGCGACCUGCCAACGACCGAAGACUCUAGCUCCGAAGUCAGUGCGAGCGAAGCAACGUCCAGUGUCGAGAGUGUGGAAAGUGCCUCCUUAGUAUCCACCGACGCAUCCACAGAUUCGAGCACCACAUAUUUAUUCACCACUAGCGCUUCAUCCGAGGUGUCAGAGACCACUUUCGGUGCCGAUGUUGGUUUGAGCAGCACAGAUAUCUCGAGCACCAGUGAUUUUGCUUCAGCGUCAGAAAGCAGUCUGACUUCACUCGAUGCAACGUCGCUGCCGUCGCUCACUGAACCCACAAGCGUUGUUUCUGAGACUGAGUCGCUGCUUUCUUCCGAUGCUCCUAGUGCUACGAGUUUCGGUACCGCGCCGGCGAUUUCCAGCCUUGAUGCUGCAACAAGCUCUGCACAGCUACCACUUUGGAGCAAUGCGACUACAUCAGGGGCUUCAGGUCUCAGUACUAUCCCGAGCCCUACCCAGCUACCACUCUGGAGCAAUACGACUACCACGUCAGGAGCUUCCGGCAUUGAUGCCACCGCAAGCCCUACCCAGCUACCGAUCUGGAGCAAUACGACAACCACCACCGCGGCCUCAAGUCUCGAUGCUGAUACAAGCUCCACGCAGCUACCACUCGUGACCAGUUCAGUGGCAGGACCUCUCAUCAACGCCACAACCAGCUCCGCGGCUCCUGUGGUUCUUUGGACGCCAGAGCCCAUUCCGGAAGGCGGUGCGACUAUUGGAGCCAACCUCGCGACAAUCAAGCCAGUUGUCUAUGGCUACUUGGAGCCACACAGUAUAAUUGAUCCAGCCACCGAGACACAGGAGGCUGUACCUGAAGCUACUUCUAGCAAGGAUUCUACCUCAACGGCAUUGACUUCUACUGAAAUUCUGUCGGUGCCAGCCUCAAGUACGACUGAGGAAGCCAUCGCAUCAGAGACAACGUCGAGCAUCGCAGAAUCUGCGUCCCUCACAGCGACUGACGAAACUGCUACAUCCAGCAGCUUUCCCAGUGAAGUGAGCGCGACUCCAUCCGAGAUUACAUCAGUCCUCUCGUCGCUCGAUGCUUCGUCCACUGCAGAAAGCACAGAGGCUUCAUCUGCCACUGCCUCUCUCAAUCCCCAGCUCGUGAACUCGGCGAUCUUCUCAGUGGAUUUCGUAUCGUCAUCCGAUUCUGCGCCUGCAACGACUUCGACUGCGAACCUCGAUGUUUCCUCUACCAUUGAAGUCAGCGCUUCUGAUGCCCUUCCUACCACAAGUGAAGGAACUGCUCAGCCAAGCGACUAUGUCCUCACACCACUUGUUCCAAGUCCAGAUCAGAGUACAAUUGCUCCAGACACGACCGCGCCAUCGGCCUCAGUAGAGUCCACUUCUGACGCUUCCGUUACAAGCACACCGUCUAUCAGUGCCGACGCCUCAUCCAGCAUUGUCUCAACUGAAUCAUCCGACCUGGCGUCCUCCACCAUUGAUCCAGUGGCAACGCAAUCAUCUGAUACAGCCAGCGCUACAUUCGAGACGGCUUCUGCAGAAACGUCUCUUUCUGCAGCAGAGACUUCUUCGGCCCUCUAG